GUGGAACUCUGCACACACAGAUUUUGGCGUAUUAUUUAGAACUGAUCUGCACACCAAGAGCAGGAUAACUGAAGACCCCAGGAUGGAAACCAAUGUUUAUGAAGAUCCAGCAAGUAGAGUAGGUUCAGACGACGACUGUACUGGGUAUGCAAACAUCAAACUAGAUCAAAUAGGAACUCAAAUGGCAAAAACGAACCAGGAACGGCAGAGCUCAGGGUUUGUGAGGACGGGAAGCAGACUGACUGCAGUGUGUCUGGGGCUGCUGUGUGUUGUCCUACUGGCUGCCAUCACAGUGCUGUGUGUUAAGUUCAACAACCUGACUAUAGAGGACCAGUUACAGACCAGGUACACCAACCUGACUGUAGAGAGAGACCAGUUACAGACCAGUUACACCAGCCUGACUAUAGAGAGAGACCAUUUACAGACCAUUUACACCAACCUGACUAUAGAGAGAGACCAGAUACAAAAGGAAAGAGAUGGAAUCCAGGAACUGCUUCUGAAACUAGGGUGGAUCUACUUCAGCUCCAGCCUUUACUACAUCUCUACUGAGAAGAAGAGCUGGAGUGAGAGCAGACAGGACUGCAGAAAGAAAGGAGCAGACCUGCUGAUCAUAAACAGCAGAGAAGAACAGGAGUUCAUCAGUUCAUUUGGCAGGACUGAAGCUUGGAUUGGUCUGACGGACAGUCACACAGAGGGGGUCUGGAAAUGGGUUCUGGUGGACGGGGGAGCCCAAUGAUCAUGGAGGAAAUGAGGACUGUGCUGUAACUGGCUAUAAAUAUACUGAAUCUGAACGUGUAUCAACCUGGGCUGAUUAUCCCUGUAAUCACCUUGCAGUUGGAAUCUGUGAGAAAAGAUGAAAACAGAGUGAACGGCAGAAACUGCAGCGUUCACUCGUGGUGUUCACUUUCGAAGUGGUGCUUUCUAUACAGCAACAUGUUUCUUGAUCUUUAUAUCUACCAGCUUUUUAUGCUGAAUAUAUGCAACAUUUAUCAAAUAAUUAAAAUGUUUUCCGUCAUA